CCCUAAUUUUUUGUGUCAUCCGCAAACUUGAUCAGUGAUGAUUUUAUGUUUUCUUCUAGGUCAUUUAUAAAGAUGUUAAAUAGCAUAGGGCUGAGAACCGUCCCUGCGGGACCCCACUGGAAACGAUUCAUUUGAUGACGAUUCCCCAUUUGCAGUUACAUUUUCAGACCAAUCAGUUAGCUAGUUUUUAAUCCAUUUAAUGUGUUCCGUGAUGAUUUUAUAUCGUUCUACUUUUGUCAUCAAAAUGUUGCCAGGUACCAAGUCAAACGCCUUACAGAAGCCAGGUAUAUUACGUCAAGACUAUUACCUUUAUCAAUCAAUUUGUAAUCUCGUCAAAAAAAGAUAUCAGACUAGUUUGACAGGGUCUUUCUUCCGUAAACCCAUGUUGCUUUGCAUUAAUUAAAUUCUCUUCUUUUAGUUCUUCAUUAACCGAGUCCCGUCUCAGCCACUCCAUUAUCUUGCUCAGGAUUGAUGUCAGGCUGACAGGCCUCUACUUACCCAGGCCAUCCUGUUUACUCUUUUUAAAAAUGGGCACAACAUUAGCUUUCUUCCAGUCUUCUGGAACUUCCCCAGUGCUCCAAUAUUUACUGAUAAUCAGCAUUUAACAGUCCAGCGAGCUCCUCAGCCAGCUCCUUUAAGACUCUUGGAUGCAAGUUAUCUGAGUAGUAUAAGAUCCCUACCAUCAAUCAAACCCUAACUCCGCCCCUUGACCCCUUAGCCCCACCCACAGGAAGUCCCGCCCCCAUGGGUUAUUACUUCCGGGGUCAAGGCUGCCACAUGACCGGAAGCAAGGUGUGUCAUGUGACACCCACCCCACCCCUUUAACUCCACCCCUUGACCUCUGCCCCCCCACCGGAAGUCCUGCCCCAUGGGGUAUUACUUCCAGGGUCAAGGCUGCCACGUGACCGGAAGCAAGGUAUGUCAUGUGACCCCUCUAACAACUCCUCCCACUGCCCUCUACCAAUCACGAUGGGUUUCGCCCCUGUAGGACUUCCCCCCAAGAGGAGCUUUAACCAAUCAGGGCGAGUUCCGGAGCGGGGUGUCCUCUCCGGAAGUGGGUCUUGUAACCCCUCUAACAACUCCUCCCCCCACCCCGCUACCAAUCAGGAGGGGUUUUGUUCCGAGAGGACCAAGAGGAGAUUUGACCAAUUAGGAUGAGUUCCGGGGGCGGGGUGACCCGUCCGGAAAUGAUUCGUGUGACCCCUCUAACAACUCCUCCCACCAACCUCUACCAAUCAGGCCGGCCUGAGAGCAGAUUUGACCAAAAUAGGGCAGGUUCUGGGAUGGGGUGAGCCGCCCAGAAGAGGGGCGUAUGACCCCUCCGCCAAUCAGAGCGCAGCACCAUCACCCCAUAAGGCCCAGCGUCGGGCAGAAGAGGCUGUCUUUUACCAAGAGCUCGUGUUUUAGAAAUCGUGGAAACAUGGACUCCUUCACCACCCCCGUGAGAACUUCAGACUUUGUUUUAGCCCCGAGGGCCUUCAACAAACCGCGGAGAAAGCGCUACAUCAGCGACAGUUCCGAGGAGGAGGAGGGGGCGAUUGAGGGGAGCCCUUUGGCCAAGCCAUUGAUGGAUACCCCGGACCCUGAAACCCAGCCGCUUAUGGGGCCCCGUGAUGAGCGUGAUGGCCUCUUGUUGUCCACCCCCCGGGAGGAGGAAGGUGAUCGCAGCUCAGGGAAGUCACUAGUGGACAAGAUGAACGCUCAGCUCGAUGAUGCCUUUCUAGAGGACCCGGAGACCCUGGACAGCGUUGCACCAAGCAGCGAAGAUGAACCGGGCCCCCCUUGUUUUUGCUCAACGCCGAUACAAAAUGUUGAAGAGGACUCCGAGGAUGACGGCUAUGAGGAGUUUAGGAGGAGGCUUGGCAUGGAACUGACUGAGCCAGUGCCACGUCGUGAGCGUAACAAAGUCAUGCGGACUAUUGUAUGCAUUGCUGUUUAUUCUGUUCUUAAUCACUGUCUUAGGGAAAAGCUUUUUGAAGAUGGUUAGGGCUGUGUCAUAGAUGCACCAGGCCAGUGGCACCAUGACUGUGUGACUUGGACUUCAGUGGAUAUAAACUGCCAGCUCCGGGACCUGUGUGCUGAGCUGUGUUUGGAAAGCUUAUUAAACACUGUGAUUGCCAUAGGUUAUGCUAUGCAAUGUCUGUGCCUAACCCAAGAACAUUUAGCACAAGGGGUGACCUUGAUAAAUGCUGUGCAAUUCAGUGGAAACCCUGACCAUGUUUUAAAGAAAAUGACCAAACCAGAAGAUGCCUGCUUAGAGCGUUAUAUUGACCGUCUGGUCCGCACAAAAAGUUACAGAAC